GCGACUAAGGAACUUCAAAGAUAUCGCGCUAGUGGGUGAUCCAAAAAUAUACCUAUAUAUUUAUAUAUACCCGUCGUCGGCGAGGGGAAAUGAAAGAUUCCCAUUCGAAACUUCAAUAAAUGAGGACAAUGCAGUUCAGCUGGCUGAUACCAAUUAUACUCUGCCUUCACAGAGUGCAGGGUCAGUUCUAUGGCGGCAGCUCCUUCGGUUCACCUAGUGGCCAAGCCAUUCGCCUUGGCCUUAUCACCGACGACACCACCGACAGAAUCCGUCAGACCUUUGAGCACGCCAUAUCGGUGGUCAACAAUGAGCUGGGCGUUCCUUUGGCGGGCGAAACGGAACAGGUGGCCUACGGAAAUUCAGUCCAGGCCUUUGCCCAGCUCUGCAGGCUAAUGCAGGGCGGAGUGGGUGCCGUCUUUGGGCCGGCUGCCAAGCAUACAGCCGCGCAUUUGCUGAACGCCUGCGACUCCAAGGACAUUCCCUUCAUAUACCCGCACCUCUCGUGGGGUGCCCACUCUGAUGGCUUCAACCUGCACCCGAAUCCGGAGGACAUAGCUCAUGCCCUCUACGACAUUAUCAACCAGUUCGAUUGGUCUCGCUUCAUAUUCUGCUACGAGUCCGCUGAGUACCUGAACAUUUUGGACCACCUCAUGACCCUUUACGGCAUCAAGGGACCCGUCAUCAAGGUGAUGCGCUACGAUCUCAACCUGAAUGGCAACUACAAGUCGGUGCUGCGUCGAAUUCGAAAAUCGGAGGACAGCCGCAUCGUGGUCGUGGGCUCCACAGAGGGAGUGGCCGAGCUGCUGCGCCAGGCCCAACAAGUGGGAAUCAUGAACGAGGACUACACCUACAUUAUCGGCAACCUGGACCUGCAUACCUUCGAGCUGGAGGAGUACAAGUACAGCGAGGCCAAUAUAACCGGAAUACGAAUGUUCUCACCUGACCAGGAGGAGGUGCGAGAUCUGGUCGAGAAGCUGCACCAUGAGCUGGGCGAAAGCGAACCCACCAAUAAUGGCUCAUCAUCGAUCACCAUGUCCAUGGCCCUCACCUACGAUGCUGUGCGAGUCAUCGCGGAGACAACCAAGCACCUUCCCUAUCAACCCCAGAUGCUCAACUGCUCCGAGCGUCAUGACAAUGUUCAGCGCGAUGGUUCUACCUUUAGGAAUUAUAUGAGAUCGUUGGAGAUAAAGGAGAAAACAAUAACAGGCCGCAUAUACUUCGAAGGCAAUGUGCGCAAGGGAUUCACCUUUGAUGUCAUCGAACUGCAGACGAGUGGACUGGUCAAGGUCGGCACCUGGGAAGACGGAAAGGACUUUGAGUUCCAGCGGCCACCCCAAGUGAUCAACUUGAAUGACAUUGACGACGGGUCGCUGGUCAACAAAACCUUCAAGGUUUUAAUCUCUGUUGCAACAAAACCCUAUGCCAGUCUCGUGGAGAGCAUUGACACACUUAUUGGCAACAACCAGUACCAGGGUUAUGGAGUGGAUUUGAUCAAGGAGUUGGCCGACAAGCUGGGCUUUAACUUUACAUUCCACGACGGUGGCAAUGACUACGGUUCCUUUAAUAAGACCACCAAUACCACCACUGGAAUGCUCAAGGAAAUUGUUGAAGGGCGAGCUGAUUUGGCCAUCACCGAUCUUACCAUUACAUCGGAGCGGGAGGAAGUCAUCGAUUUCUCCAUACCCUUUAUGAAUCUGGGCAUAGCUAUUUUGUAUGUGAAACCCCAGAAGGCUCCGCCUGCCCUUUUUUCCUUCAUGGACCCAUUUUCCUCGGAGGUCUGGCUUUAUCUGGGCAUAGCCUAUGUGGGCGUCUCCCUCUGCUUCUUUAUUCUGGGGCGACUUUCGCCCACCGAGUGGGACAACCCGUAUCCCUGCAUAGAGGAACCCGAGGAGCUGGAGAAUCAGUUUACCAUCAACAACUCUCUGUGGUUCACAACGGGAGCUUUACUGCAGCAAGGAUCGGAAAUUGCUCCCAAAGCCCUGAGUACCCGCACAAUCUCUGCCAUUUGGUGGUUCUUCACUCUCAUCAUGGUAUCCUCAUACACAGCCAACCUGGCUGCCUUCUUGACCAUCGAAAAUCCGACUAGUCCCAUUAACAGCGUUGAGGAUUUGGCCGAUAAUAAGGAUGACGUUCAGUACGGAGCCAAGCGCACGGGAUCAACAAGGAACUUCUUUUUGACAUCAGAGGAUCCCAUCUACAUGAAAAUGAAUGAGUACAUGACUGCCCAUCCAGAGAUGCUGAUGGACAACAAUCAGGAUGGAGUGGACAAGGUCAAGUCUGGCACCAAGUACGCCUUCCUCAUGGAGUCCACCUCGAUCGAAUUCAAUACGGUACGAGAGUGCAACCUGACCAAAGUGGGUGACGCUUUGGACGAGAAGGGUUACGGCAUAGCCAUGGUUAAAAACUGGCCGUAUCGCGACAAGUUUAACAACGCCCUGUUGGAGCUGCAGGAGCAAGGUGUCCUGGCCAGGCUGAAAAAUAAAUGGUGGAACGAGGUUGGAGCAGGAGUUUGUAGCGCGAAAAGCGAAUCCGAUGGACCCUCAGAGCUGGGCGUGGACAAUCUCAGUGGCAUCUACGCUGUCCUGGCCGUCGGCUCUGUCAUCUCGAUAAUCGUCGCCAUCCUGUGCUGGUGCUUCUUUGUGUUCAAGAAGGCCAAGUUCUAUGCGGUUCCUUUCUGCGAUGCCCUGGUUGAGGAAUUCAAAAUUGUCAUCCGCUUUUCGGAAAAUGAACGAGCCCUGAAGAGCGCCCAGUCUAUAUAUUCCCGAAGCCGCAAUUCGUCGCAGUCGAUAGACUCGCUGCAAACUGAUUCCGAGGAGAACGAACAACCUGAGGACUAUCAAUUAGGAAUGCUUUUCAAUCAAUUUAAAAUUGCUUUGCUUAUUAUUUUCCUUAAAAUCUCUGCGAAAAACGCUCAAUAUGACAACUUUGGCGGCUACAAAAAGUUCCAAAAUUUGGAAAGUGUGCCAAUCGGCCUUCUCACCGACCAGAACACGGACCAAAUGAACAUUGUCUUCGACCAUGCCAUUGACGUGGCUAACCAGGAGGUGGGCACUGCGUUGACAUCUCUGAAAGCGGAGGUAAACUACGGGGAUGCCUAUCAGAGCUACGGCAGACUGUGCAGGAUGCUUGAGACCGGAAUUGCGGGGGUAUUUGGACCCUCAUCACGGCACACUGCCGUCCACCUGAUGUCCAUUUGCGAUGCCAUGGACAUACCGCACAUCUACUCCUACAUGAGCGAGUACGCCGAGGGGUUCAAUCUGCAUCCGCAUCCGGCCGACCUGGCCAAGGCCCUGUAUAGCCUCAUAACGGAGUUUAACUGGACGCGCUUUAUUUUCCUCUACGAAUCCGCCGAUUACCUCAACAUUCUGAAUGAGCUGACCACGAUGUUCGGCAUGAAUGGGCCCGUGGUCACGGUGCUGCGAUACGAUAUGCAGCUGAAUGGCAACUACAAGCAGGUUCUCCGCCGGGUGCGGAAGUCCGUCGAUAACCGGAUUGUGGUCGUCGGCUCCAGCGAAACCAUGCCGGAGUUUCUGAACCAGGCCCAGCAGGUUGGAAUUAUCAACGAAGACUACAAGUACAUCAUAGGCAACUUGGACUUCCACUCCUUCGAUUUGGAGGAGUACAAGUACAGUGAGGCCAACAUAACCGGUCUGCGCCUCUUCUCGCCGGAAAAGCUGGCCGUCAAGGAGCUGCUCAUGAAACUGGGCUAUCCCACCGACCAAGAUGAGUUCCGAAACGGCUCCUGUCCCAUAACCGUGGAAAUGGCUUUGACCUACGAUGCAGUUCAGCUGUUUGCAGAAACCCUGAAAAACCUGCCCUUCAAGCCUGUGUCCCAGAACUGUUCGCAGCGCACGGAAAGCGUUCGGGAUGACGGCUCCUCUUUUAAGAACUACAUGCGAACGCUUCGACUCACAGAACACCUACUCACCGGACCCAUCUACUUCGAGGGAAACGUCCGCAAGGGGUACCACCUGGAUGUCAUAGAGCUGCAGCCCUCGGGCAUUGUCAAGGUGGGCACCUGGGACGAGCAGAGGAAUUACAGAGCCCAGCGACUAGCUCCCACUACCGCCCAGUUCGACAACAUCGACAACUCGCUGGCCAACAAGACCUUCAUAAUUUUGCUCUCGGUGCCGAACAAACCGUACGCCCAGCUGGUGGAAACCUACAAACAGCUGGAGGGCAACAGUCAGUACGAGGGCUAUGGCGUGGAUCUAAUCAAGGAGCUGGCCGACAAACUGGGAUUUAACUUCACCUUCGUGAACGGUGGAAAUGAUUACGGGUCAUACAAUAAGACCUCGAAUGAGUCCACGGGCAUGCUGAGGGAGAUUAUGAUGGGGCGCGCUGACUUGGCCAUCACAGACUUGACCAUUACCUCGGAACGCGAAGAGGCCAUAGACUUCACCAUUCCCUUCAUGAAUCUAGGCAUAGCCAUUCUGUAUCUGAAGCCUCAGAAGGCCACUCCUGAGCUCUUUACCUUCAUGGACCCCUUCUCAGAGGAGGUCUGGUGGUUCCUGGGCUUUUCAUUUCUGGGCGUGGCCCUGAGCUUCUUUAUAUUGGGCCGCCUGUCGCCCAGCGAGUGGGACAAUCCGUAUCCGUGCAUUGAGGAGCCCGAGGAGUUGGAAAAUCAAUUCACCAUAGGCAAUUCCAUUUGGUUUACAACCGGAGCUCUGCUCCAACAGGGAUCGGAGAUCGGACCAAAAGCCCUAUCCACCCGCACUGUGGCCAGCUUCUGGUGGUUCUUCACCCUGAUUGUGGUGUCCUCGUACACCGCCAACUUGGCUGCCUUUUUGACCAUCGAGAAGCCUCAGAGUCUGAUCAAUAGCGUUGACGAUCUGGCUGACAACAAGGAUGGUGUGGUUUACGGCGCCAAGCGAACUGGAUCCACUAGAAACUUCUUUUUGACAUCUGAGGAUGAGCGCUACAAGAGGAUGAACAAGUUCAUGACCGAGCAUCCCGAACACCUCACCGAGGACAACCAGGAGGGCGUGAAUAGAGUGAAGACGAACACGCACUACGCUUUCCUCAUGGAAUCGACUUCCAUCGAGUAUAAUACAAAGCGCGAAUGCAAUCUAAAGAAGAUCGGCGACGCACUGGACGAGAAGGGCUAUGGCAUAGCCAUGCGAAAAAAUUGGCCACAUCGCGACAAGUUCAACAACGCCUUGUUAGAGCUCCAGGAGCAGGGUGUCCUGGAAAAGAUGAAAAACAAGUGGUGGAACGAGGUGGGCACUGGCAUUUGCGCCACCAAAGAGGAUGCUCCAGAUGCCACGCCCCUGGACAUGAAUAACCUGGAAGGUGUCUUCUUCGUGCUACUCGUUGGCAGCUGCUGCGCCCUGCUCUACGGAAUUAUCAGCUGGGUAUUGUUCGUAAUGAAAAAAGCCCACCACUACCGCGUGCCGCUACGCGAGGCCCUCAAGGAGGAAUUCCGGUUUGUCAUCGAUUUCAACAAUUAUAUUCGGGUGCUGAAGAGCUCGGCUUCAAUAUACUCCCGCAGCCGUCAGUCCUCCGUGGCUUCCAUGGCCCCGGAAUCGCAGGCUGGAGAAAGUUAAAAACUUUGUUUUUAUUUUUUAGUUUUUAUUUUUUAUUUUAUUAAAAGUUUAUUUCGAAAAAUGGAAUGCUUGUCAUUUGGGGGACACAAGAGAUAGUCGUCGCUAAAAAUAUUCAGCCAUGCCACUGAAUGGUGAAAGAACAGCUUGCGUAUAGUAAAUAAAUAAAACUAGUUUGAAUAAUACUGAAAUAAAUCCUUUAAAAUUUGUUCAAUAAAUAUUUGAUCUAUUUAGAAAAUUCUUGUUUUCAUUUAAACAAUAAUAAUUCGGUUGAGUGCUUGAACUUUUACCGUUAAAUAUAUAAAUUCGUUCAAUACAAAUUCGAAAGACAAUAAACUGGAGUCAUAAAUGGAGCUACCUUUUUAAAAUAUUAAAUACAAAUAUAUGUGUAUACAUAUAAAAUAUAGUAUAAUAUAAUAAAAGCGUAUA